UUCGGUACAUUAAUCGUGGAAAUCGAUCCCGUUAUCAUUCUCACACCAAACUGGGGCUCCAGCAUGUGUCAAGAAAGUAUGGACAAAGGUUUAGGGUUUGACGAAAACGUCGCUUCGUCUGGGUAUUUAUGGAAUAAUCAAGAGAAACCAGAAGGAACAGAUCCAGAUGAGGGGCAGAGCACAGCUAGUAGCCAGCCAAGAACGCCUAGUACCACCUAUGAUAUCUUCGCGCCGUUCCAAAAAGCCAACGCGGAAAAGAUCUGCAUGGAGCCCUUCGAGUACACUAGGUCUCUUCCCGGCAAGAACACCGUUGGUAAGGUUAUCGAGAGCUUGCGGCCUUGGCUGAAAAUCACCGACCAUUCUGCUGCGGUCCUUACGGACGUCAUGACUAUGUUGCAGAAUGCAUCCUUAAUGCUAGAUGAUAUUGAAGACGGCUCUCAACUUCGACGUGGUGCACCCGCGGCGCACGUUAAAUAUGGCCUCAGUCAAACAAUCAACAGCACUACGUAUGUAAUUGCCAAGGUUGUCUCCGAUGUUCAGACCCAUCUGCGCCCAGAGUGCGCCAAAGCCCUGUCUGAGGAGCUCCAAACUCUCACCUUAGGCCAAGCUCUCGAUCUCAACUGGACAUUCCGUAAACAGUGUCCCAGCGUACAAGAAUACCUUGUCAUGAUUGACCACAAGACUGGCGGUUUCUUCCGUCUGAUGCUUCGGAUCAUGCAGAUUGAGGCUAAUGCCACGCCUAAUGAGGAUCUACAUCAUUUGAUGACUCUGCUGGGGAGGUACUACCAAAUCAGGGAUGAUUACCAGAACCUAGCUUCGGACGAGUAUACCGCCAAGAAGGGCUUCUGCGACGACCUUUCCGAGGGAAAGUUUUCGUUUCCUCUUAUCCAUCUGCUCGAGCAUAGCCCCAAUGCCAGUACCCUAUACAAGCGAAUCUUUGACCGCCAACCUGAGGACAAGGUCGAGAUGUCUGAGGAGACAAAGUCGUAUAUCAUUGCACAAAUGAAGGAAAUAGGUAGCUUAGAGUACACGCAGGAGGUUCUGGAUGGCCUCUUUGAUUCUAUAUGGAAGACGGCAGAGAAGGUGGAAGAAGCCAUGGGAGAAAAUAUGGGGCUCAAAGCUCUCUGCGAAAGGUUAAAGCUGUGA